AAACAACUACUAUGUACAAUAUAAAUAUACAUCGAAGAAUAUAUAUAUGAACAUAAAGAACAAUGGAUUUGGGAUAUUAGUGCAGAAUGGAGGUAAUAGUGCAAAUGGAGGUGCAGUAUUUCUUCACUUGUUCGUGAGAGUAUCAUGAACAAUCACAACUACAAUAUGAUUGUAAACAACUGCAGUGUUGAGCCUGUAGCCUCACCAGUGUGUCUGCAGAAAGUCGCUCACCUUCACUAUAAACUGAAGCAAAGCAUUUAGCUGGAUUACAAAAUGUCAACGAUAAACAUGGUAUUUGUUUAUACAACAGGUAUGAUGGAAGAAGUUUAUCUCAUUUAUAUAGCACAUACAAGCAGAGAGACAUCCGGUGUAUAUGUGGAAAUAAAGCAAGAUUACAAUUGGAAACGAGUUUAAACACAAUCAAACACGGGUUGAACACACUUGAAAGCCCGAGAAUAAUGGUGGAUUUUAAGGUGCAUCUUAAAAGCAUCAAUAGACUCCACCUUUCUCCACGAACAGUGCACAGCCAGUUGGCCACAUUGGGCGGAUCCGAUGGGUCUGGUGCUGUAAGGGCUGAGAGACUGAAGAAUAUGUAAGGGUGAGAACAUGUAGGGAUUUGUGUAAGGAUGCAAGGAUAGGAGUGACGUGGUCAUAUUUCUUGGACUUUGUUAGCGGGCAGCAGCGCUUUGACACACACUUUACUCGUCUUUACACCUGCCGUACCUCAACUUAAACCCAGAGGCAGUAAGGUUACCUACAGAGAACCCGUUCUAGAUUGCAACUGGUGUCAAAAAGAAGCAUGCCUUUAGUUUCCAGUUAUGGAUUCUUUGAAGCAGAGUUUGGACGUCUCUGACCUGUUAUGCACGGGUCAACAUGUGUGUAGUGUUUACAAUACAGACUGGAGCGAGGCUGGUCUGUAAAUGUAUGGCUAAACUUCACAAACGACUAAACAUCAUGAAAUAGAAUGUAAUCAGUGUGCAUAUAAAACAUUUGUACAAGUAAUAAUACAACUUUAAAUCGCACGAUAAAGCAUUAAAAAACCUUUAUUCAACCAGGCUAGUUUUCACUGAGAGCAGUGCUCGAUUAUCGGGCAGCUUUAGAUAUUAUUUUCUGUUUCGAUAUAUAUAUAUAUAUUAGGUCAUAUUUACAUAGAUGACCUCAUCUGUGUUAUUAGCACAUAAGUCCAUAAUGUUUGUUUCUUCAUCUUGAUUCACGAUAUUAUCCAGUGAAGAAGUGUUGAAUGGAUCAAGGUCUGUGCCAAUUUUGCAAACUGGAAACUAUUAAUAACCUCAAACUGAAGAUUAUUGUGUUUUUCCCCAACAUUUUAAAUAGCGUUGAGAAAAGACAGCCUUUGCGAACACAAAUUGCUGUUCACAAGCUUGAUAUUAACAAUUUGUCUGUUUUCAGGACUGAUGGCUCCAGAGUGACAUGCCAUGGCUCUGAUGAUCCCCCCGGUGAAGCUCAAAUGGCUGGAGCACCUGAACAGCUCGUGGAUCACGGAGGACAGCGAGUCGAUCGCCACACGGGAGGGAGUGUCGGUGCUGUACUCGAAGCUGCUGGCCAACAAAGAGGCCGUGCUGCUGCCCCAGCAGGUGCUGUGUCUGAAAGGGCCCCAGCUCCCGGACUUUGAGCGUGAAUCCCUCUCCAGCGAUGAGCAGGAGCACUACCUGGACGCGCUACUCAGCAGCCAGUUGGCCUUGGCCAAGAUGGUCUGCUCCGACUCUCCCUUCGCUGCAGCCCUGCGCAAACGUGUGCUGGUGCUCCAGCGCAUCUUCUACGCACUUUCCAACAAGUACCACGACAAAGGAAAGGUCAAGCAGCAGCAGCACUCUCCAGAGAACAACUCGGGCUCGGCCGAUCUGCACUCUGUCAGCGAGCGGCCGCGCUCCAGCACGGACGCCCUCAUCGAGAUGGGCGUCCGCACGGGCCUCAGCCUUCUUUUUGCUCUGCUGCGCCAGAGCUGGAUGAUGCCUCCUCCACCCAGCCCCGGCGGAGGUGCCGGAGGCAACAUAAACUUGUGUAACGAUGUCAUUCACACGGCCAUCGACGUGGUCAGCUCCCUGCCGCCCCUCUCUCUGGCCAACGAGAGCAAGAUCCCGCCAAUGGGCCUGGACUGCCUGGCCCAGGUCACCACUUUCCUGAAGGGGGUGACCAUGCCAAACUCUGGGGCGGACAUUUUAGGGCGGCGGCUUGCCUCCGAGCUGCUGCUGGGGCUGGCCUCCCAGAGGGGCUCCCUGCGCUACCUGCUGGAGUGGAUCGAGAUGGCCUUGGCUGCAUCAGCCCUGGUCAGUGCUAUGGAGGAGAAUAAGGUGCUACAGAACCAAGAAGGGCUCAUCGGAUAUGAUUGUUUCAUGAACAUCCUCAUGCAGAUGAGGCGCUCUUUGGGCUCCUCAGCAGAUCGCAGCCAGUGGAGAGAACCCACACGGACCACUGAUGGCUUGUGCUCAUUGUAUGAGGCAGCACUCUGUCUCUUAGAAGAAGUAUGUCGAAUGGCGUCGGACUACUCUCGCACCUGCGUCAGCCCAGACAGCAUCCAGACCGGCGAGGCGCCCGUGGUGUCUGAGACCUGUGAGGUCUACGUGUGGGGCAGUAACAGCAGCCACCAGCUGGUGGAGGGAACGCAGGAGAAGAUCCUGCAGCCCAAGCUGGCCGCGAGCUUCGCCGACGCACAGACCAUUGAGGCGGGCCAGUACUGCACUUUUGUGAUCUCGUCCGAUGGCUCCGUCCGGGCCUGCGGUAAAGGCAGCUACGGCCGUCUGGGCCUCGGAGACUCCAACAACCAGUCGACGCUCAAGAAGCUCACCUUUGAGCCCCACCGCGCCAUCAAGAAGGUGUCGUCGUCCAAGGGCUCCGACGGCCACACGCUGGCCUUCACCACGGAGGGCGAGGUGUUCAGCUGGGGCGACGGUGACUACGGCAAACUGGGUCACGGGAACAGCUCAACACAGAAAUACCCCAAACUGAUCCAGGGGCCACUCCAGGGGAAGGUGGUGGUGUGUGUGUCUGCCGGCUACAGACACAGUGCUGCAGUCAGUGAGGAUGGAGAGCUGUACACGUGGGGUGAAGGAGAUUUUGGAAGAUUAGGUCACGGUGACAGCAACAGCCGAAACAUUCCUACCCUAGUUAAAGACAUCAGCAACGUGGGAGAGGUGUCGUGUGGCAGCUCUCAUACCAUCGCUCUGUCCAAGGAUGGACGCACCGUGUGGUCCUUCGGAGGAGGAGACAACGGAAAACUCGGUCACGGUGAUACCAAUCGAGUCUACAAGCCAAAAGUAGUGGAAGCCCUGCAGGGAAUGUUCAUCAGGAAAGUGUGUGCAGGAAGCCAGUCGUCUCUCGCCUUAACCUCCACCGGACAGGUGUACGCGUGGGGCUGCGGUGCUUGUCUGGGAUGUGGUUCCUCUGAGGCCACAGCUCUCAGACCCAAACUGAUCGAGGAGCUGGCUACCACCAGGGUGGUGGACAUCUCCAUCGGGGACAGUCACUGCCUGGCCCUGUCGCAUGACAAUGAAGUGUACGCAUGGGGCAACAACUCCAUGGGCCAGUGUGGCCAGGGGAACUCCACGGGGCCGAUCACCAAACCCAAGAAGGUGGUGGGUCUGGACGGAGUCGCUAUUCAGCAGAUCUCAGCCGGAACGUCCCACAGCCUGGCAUGGACCGCCCUGCCCAGAGACAGGCAGGUGGUGGCUUGGCACAGGCCCUACUGUGUCGACCUGGAGGAAAGCACCUUCUCCCACUUGCGCUCCUUCCUCGAGCGCUACUGUGACGGCAUCAACAGUGAAGUCCCUCCUCUUCCGUUCCCCUCAUCCAGGGAGCAUCAUAACUUCCUCAAGCUGUGCCUUCGGCUUUUGUCCAAUCAUCUGGCUCUGGCUCUGGCCGGGGGCGUGGCCACCAGCAUCUUAGGUCGGCAGGCCAGACCCCUGAGGAACCUGCUCUUCAGACUGAUGGACUCCUCAGUGCCUGACGAGAUUCAGGAGGCGGUGAUCGAGACUCUGUCGGUGGGGGCGACCAUGCUGCUGCCUCCGCUGAGAGAGAGGAUGGAGCUCCUUCACUCCUUGCUGCCUCAGGGCCCUGACAGAUGGGAGAGUCUCUCCAAAGGACAGAGGAUGCAGCUCGACAUAAUCCUGACCAGCCUCCAGGACCACACCCACGUGGCCUCGCUCCUGGGCUACAGCUCUCCGGCCGACGGGCCCGAGGGUCUCUGCUCCGGCCCGGGCUUCACGGCCGCCCCAGACCCGACGUACAGCGACACGGCGGGACACCCUGAUACCCACCUGGCCGAGAUCCUCAUGAAGACGCUGCUCAGGAACCUGGGCUUCUAUACCGUGAGUAGAUGUUUGCUGCAGCUCUUAUCGGAGAGUUCGCUCUUAUUGAUUUCAGUGUGUGUGCCGCUCGAUAACAAACCAUUAUCUGAGAGAUCAUUAACGAUCUGUUUGGAAUAGACCAAGGCAGACGUUACUCAGGAAGGAAGCGCUGUUGUUUCACUCUCUCCAUCUCCCUCAUUGCUCCUCUUAAUACUAGAGUGCUGGAGGCGGAGCAUGACGCAUAUAUAAUCCUUGUUUAUCAUCACCUGCUGCGAAGCAGUGGCUUAUUCCUGUGCCUCGUUCUCUAAAGACGACUUUUAUUGAUUGUAGCACGCACGCACGCACGCUGUUUUCAAGUUUGUGACAUUAUGCAGACAAUAAUGAACGUUGAUUAGACUGCAAGGCUUUCUGCUUAUGAGUCACUCCUUUUGAAUUAUUCGCCUCUCACUGAA